AUGAGCAGCCUCAGACCACUUCAUGGCGCCUGCAACUGCGGGCGCAUUAUGUAUUCCGUGGUCGUUCCGGAGGACGCAACAGAGCGAGCACAAGUCUACUUCGACGACAGCAGCGACAGCAGGCGAAGUCAGGCCACACCGUUAACAGCAUGGCUGCGGGUUCCCUUAACCUGGUACUUCUCGUCGACACAAGCCUUUUUCCCUGACGAAACCCAUUCCUCAAUCCGACGCACCUUCUCUCCAGUACAUGAACCCCACAGUCAGCGUGUGUUUUGUGGCUACUGUGGAACGCAUCUGUCCUACUGGACCGAACAACCCUCCACUGAAGCAGAGUACAUGAACAUCACUCUGGGCAGUCUAUUGAGUCGGGACUUGCAGGCACUUCAAGACCUGGAUCUGCUCCCUGAAGACUUUGAUAUGGAGGAUGUGCAGCCCAGCCAGCAGAGUCAGGUUCAACCCCCAACAGAGCAAGCCGUCAUCAGUCAAGGGAACCAACCAGGGCUCACCCGAACACAGCGGACCGGAAAGCGGGGAGGACUGUCUUGGUUUGAAGAGCUACUUGAGGGCAGCCGUCUAGGCCGCACACAGAAUAUCAGACGUGGCGUGGGAGUUAGUGCAGACGGUUCUACCUCGGUGGAAUGGGAGAUUUCCGAAUACAUCGACGAUGGAAGCGACGAGCUGGAAUCUGCCUCCACACCAACGGGCUCGAAACGCAAGAUAGGCGAUGUGGGCAUGGUGUUGUGA